CUGUCAAGUUGACAAUAUCAAUAUUCAUCGGACCUAGCGCUCAUUGCGCCACAUGGUCGCGUUCGCACGCUGUCGGUGUCAGACUAGUGCUGCUGAGUAUGUACCGUCUCUGUAUAUAUACUUAUUGGAAUGUUGAGGCCGUUGAAGGGGCGCGUCUUCUUAUCUGCUUCCAUUGUAUGCUCGCGUGAUGAUCGCAUGCCGCUGAACGUAUGUGCGAUCGCUUCUCAUGUUCUCUCCCUGCUUUUUGUGCAUGGAGCUGUGCGGGUGCAGGUGCUAGUGGGAUGCGUGUUAGCUGGCGGCGCGACAGUUCCAACGCUCACCUGGAAAAACAAGCACAUCGGGAGUUUUGUCAUUUAAUCCGGGACAAAAGUACAGACAAAAUUUGAAUUGACC